AUGAAUUCAUCCACAUCACCAGCAUCACAAAGCACAGAGAGAAGAUGCUUUUCUUCCCAGCUAUUCUCAUGGGCCAUUGCUGGCACCUCCAUCCUGCUCCUGAGUGCCUGUUUUAUCACCAGAUGUGUUGUGACAUACGGCAUCUUUCAACUAUGUGAUGAGAAAAAGUUCCAGCCACCUGGGGAUUCCAUGGAACUCUCCUGUUAUAAUGAUGGAUCAGGUUCAGUCAAGAAUUGCUGUCCACUGAACUGGGUCCAUUUUCAAUCCAGCUGCUACUUCUUUUCUGCUGACACCAUGUCCUGGGCAGCAAGUCUAAAAAACUGCUCGAGCAUGGGCGCUCACCUGGUGGUUAUCAACACGCAGGAGGAGCAGGAAUUCCUUUACCAUGCAAAACCUAGAAAGAAAGAGUUUUAUAUUGGACUGACAGACCAGGUGGUUGAGGGUCGCUGGCAAUGGGUAGAUGGUACACCUCUCACAAAGUCUCUGAGCUUCUGGGAUGCAGGGGAGCCCAACAACCUGGUUACUGUGGAGGACUGCGCCACCAUAAGGGACUCCUCAAAUCCAAGGCAAAACUGGAAUGAUGUGACCUGUUUCAUCAGUAUGUUUCGGGUUUGUGAAAUGCCAGAGAGAAAGAUUUGA